AUGUCCGUCUCGAGUAAGAUUAAUGUUAUCCUAUUGAUACUCUUAGUCAAAUUUGUUAUUACCAAUUCAUCUUCGUAUUCAGCUUGUACAAAACGGCUAGAAGUAUUAUUUAGACAUUGUUUGCUUUCCGCUUUAAUUUCAAAGCGUUGUCUUGGUCUGAACGAAAAGGUCAUUUCAUCUUCUUAUAGUGGCAUUGAAGAAUUGAAGAAACUUUGUAAUUCAUGUAGAGGCUGUGAAGUUUCAUUUAUGAGUUGUUCAGUUAAUAAACUGGACUCUAUUGACAACAGAGAAUGUUCGCAGGCUAA